AGUCCCUGUGUAGUCGUAUACCUUCCCUCUCUCUCACUCACUCACUCACCUACUCUAUCUCUCUCCCUCUCUGCCGCCAAGAUCCAAGAAGCAGCAAUGGCCGCCAGUGCUUCAUACAACCUUCUUUCUACUCCCUCCUUAAAGAAACAGAUCUCUUCUUCCUCUCUUUCAUGGAGACUUCCCCUUUCCUCCACCUUCCGCGUUUCCAUCGCGGCUCCGCGACCGAAGCGCGCUGCCACCUUCAUUGUGCUGGCAAUGGACGCCAAGCCUACGGUUCUGGUGGCCGAGAAGCUAGGACAGGCUGGUCUUGAACUCUUGAAGGGCUUCGCUAACGUUGACUGCUCUUAUAACUUGAGCCAGGAAGAGCUCUGCACCAAGAUCUCACUCUGUGACGCUUUAAUCGUCAGGAGCGGCACCAAAGUCACACGGGAAGUGUUCGAAUCGUCCGGUGGUCGUCUCAAAGUGGUUGGCCGCGCUGGUGUUGGCAUCGACAACGUCGAUCUGUCGGCUGCGACUGAGCACGGGUGUCUUGUCGUUAAUGCUCCCACCGCUAAUACUGUUGCUGCCGCCGAGCACGGAAUUGCUCUCAUCGCCGCUAUGUCUCGUAACAUUGCUCAGGCUGAUGCAUCUGUCAAAGCCGGCAAGUGGCAGCGAAACAAGUAUGUUGGUGUUUCACUCGUUGGAAAGACACUUGCUGUGAUGGGGUUUGGAAAAGUUGGGUCGGAAGUUGCUAGGCGUGCCAAAGGGCUGGGCAUGCAUGUAAUUGCACAUGACCCAUAUGCCCCUGCAGACCGUGCCCGUGCAAUAGGUGUGGAGUUGGUGUCUUUUGAUCAAGCCAUAUCAACUGCAGAUUUCAUCUCAUUACACAUGCCUCUUACUCCUGCAACAUCAAAAAUUCUCAAUGAUGAAUCCUUUGCAAAGAUGAAGAAAGGUGUUCGCAUUGUUAAUGUUGCUCGUGGUGGUGUAAUUGAUGAAGAAGCUCUUGUGAGGGCACUGGAUGCUGGGGUUGUUGCUCAGGCGGCGCUUGAUGUCUUUACAGAAGAGCCACCUCCAAAAGACAGCAAACUGGUGCUACAUGAAAAUGUUACCGUUACUCCCCAUCUUGGUGCCAGCACUGUGGAAGCUCAGGAAGGAGUGGCCAUUGAAAUAGCUGAAGCUGUUGUUGGGGCCUUAAAGGGAGAGCUUGCAGCUACUGCUGUAAAUGCACCCAUGGUUCCAGCUGAGGUCCUAUCAGAACUUGCACCAUUUGUUAUACUGGCAGAGAAGCUUGGUAGACUGGCUGUGCAAUUGGUAGCAGGUGGAAGUGGUGUUAAAUCAGUCAAGGUCACAUAUGCUUCUUCUAGAGCUCCGGAUGAUCUGGACACUAGACUAAUUCGUGCCAUGAUCACCAAAGGUCUUAUCGAGCCCAUAUCCAGUGUAUUUGUGAACUUGGUAAAUGCUGAUUUCACUGCCAAGCAAAGAGGAUUGAGGAUUACUGAGGAGCGAAUCCUGCUGGAUGGUUCACCUGAAAACCCGCUUGAAUUCAUCCAGGUUAAAAUUGCCAAUGUAGAAUCAAAAUUUGCCAGUGCCAUAUCGGAUUCAGGGGAGAUUACAGUUGAGGGAAGGGUAAAGGAUGGGAUACCCCACUUGACAAAAGUAGGAUCGUUUGAUGUGGAUGUGAGCUUGGAAGGUAGCAUUAUCCUUUGUAGGCAAGUUGAUCAGCCGGGUAUGAUUGGAAGGGUCGGUAGCGUCUUGGGUGGGGAGAACGUGAAUGUGAGCUUCAUGAGUGUUGGGAGGAUUGCUCCAAGAACGCAUGCAGUUAUGGCAAUUGGUGUGGAUGAGGAACCCAACAAGGAGGCGCUAAAGAAAAUUGGGGAUAUACCUGCCAUUGAAGAGUUUGUUUUCCUCAAGCUGUAGUGGUGUCGUUAUGAAUCGAGUUCUUAAGGCCAAUUUUCGUAGUAAUCGCAAACAUGUUUGGAGAUAAGAGUAUGUUUUUGUAAUGCCUAAACCCAAGCCUUAUCUUUUGUCGAGUGCAUGGUUGUAAAAAUACUUGAUGGAGCUGGUUGUUGCCUUCUUAAGUGAAUUUUUCAUUGAGUAUCAAUGACUUUCUCUUCUUAUC